AGACUCACCUGGAACCCAGCUGAAUCUCUCGGUUUUGAUGUUUCCAGGCAACUAAAUGUGCUGCACAAGGCCGCCUCAUGUUUCAGUCGCUACGACAUUCGAAAUAUCGCGAUACAUAUAGACUUUGGCAAGGUCUCAAAAAGCCUCGGCACACAGAGUGGUGUCCGUCAGGGAUGCUCACUGUCACCAUUUCUAUUAAACUUCGUGAUCGACAAAAUUGUGAAACAAACGUUGAAAGUCCACAAAAACCCUGGUGUUCAAGUAGCCUGUAACGAAAAGCUUAUCGAUCUUGAAUAUGCAGAUGACAUCAUUCUUAUCUUCGGAAAGGGGAAGGCUGAGAAGCGCUGGAAGUUGUGGAGCGCUUUACGGACCCUGGAAGUUGUAUUACUUCUGAAUGUAGUGUGA